AUGAGCACACUGGUGGGCAACUUGGGCAUGAUCAUCCUCAUCAAGGUGGACCACAGGCUCCAAACACCCAUGUACUUUUUUCUCAAACACCUGGCUCUUACAGAUCUUGGUUAUUCUACAGCUGUGGGCCCCAAAAUGUUGGUAAAUUUUGUGGUGGAUCAAAAUAUGAUCAACUAUUAUUUUUGUGCUACACAACUAGCUUUCUUUCUUUUUUUCAUUUCUUGUGAACUUUUUAUUCUGUCAGCAAUGGCCUAUGACCGCUACAUGGCCAUCUGUAAUCCUCUCCUCUACAUGGUCAUCAUGUCACAAAGGGUAUGUCUCUUGUUGGUGGCAAUCCCCUAUCUCUACAGUACUUUUUUAUCUCUUCUAAUCACCAUAAAGAUUUUUACUUUACCCUUCUGUGGCUACAAUGUCAUCAGUCAUUUUUACUGUGAUAGUCUCCCCUUGCUAUCUUUGCUUUGUUCAAACACACAUGAAAUUGAAGUGAUAAUUCUGGUCUUUGCAGCUUUUGAUUUGAUUUCCUCUCUUCUGAUCAUUCUUGUGUCCUACCUGCUCAUCCUCAUAACCAUUCUCAGGAUGAAGUCUGCUGAGGGCAGGCGCAAGUCUUUCUCCACCUGUGGAUCCCACCUGACAGUAGUCAUAGUGUUCUAUGGGACUUUGAUAUUCAUUUAUUUGCAGCCGAAUUCAGGUCACUACUUUGACACUGAUAAACUGGCUUCCGUAUUUUAA